AUGGCUCCCGUUCGCGAACCUCUAUCGCGGAGUGUGCGACCUCUGAAAUACAUCCUGAAAAAGACCUCUAAGGCCGUGGAUUCAAGUGCCACAACCAAGUCUGAACCGCUCUUUCCGUCUUCGAAGAAGGACAAACGUCGAAUCAAACAUGCUGAGCUCAUGAACAAAGUCGCAAAAUCCACCGCGAAAAGGCCCAAACGAAGGCGACCGAAUAAGAAACUUGUCACGACCCUUGAUGCACUGGCUGCUGCACUUCCGGAUGACUACGACGCAGAGAACGAUGAUGCACAAGGAACAAGCGUAUCAACAGGCGAUCGGCCUCAAGAUCAGGUCAAUAUCAUUAGGCGAAAGAGUCUAAAAUCACGGCCGGGUGCACUGAAAAGGAGGGAGAAAGUCGAUAAAGGUGAACGAGAUCGAUUUGCGAAGAAUAUGGCCCAGCUUGCAGCACCAAGGUCUCCGAAUGAAGGGACGGCAGAGACUUCUGGGAAUGGUGUGGGUGGGGGAAGCACCACUACCGCCAUUCCCUCGACAAGCGAGAGAUGGGCAGCUCUGAGGGGGUUCAUCGCUCAGACGCUCGAGACGAAACCCGAGUUGAAGGUCAGGACUUGA